AUGUCCUCCAGAGUUUACUCCAUAGUCCCCAAAGCCAAGGACCCCCGGCCCUCAGGCCCAGAGAAUUUGCCACUCCCAGAGGCCAAUGCUGAAGCCAUCGACUUCCUCAGCUCCCUCCGGCGCAAGGAGCUGCAGAUGCUGUUUUUCUCCGAGACUCUGGACAUGAUCUCAGACACAGGGGAGCCUCAGGGAGAGCUGACCAUUGAGGUGGAGAGAGGGAAAUACAAAGAUGAAUUUGGUAUCAUGUCGUCCUGCCCCUUCGUGCACGCCUUUAGCCGUGGCUUCUUGGACAAAAUGCUCUGCGGAAACUCCCUACUGGGCUAUCUCUCAUGGCAUUUGGAGGCCAGAGAACAACACAGUCAUGAGUUCAUCAAGUUCCUCAUCCUCCCCAUGGAGCGGAAGAUAAGUUUGAUGAAGCAGGACGACCAGCUGGCCAUGACCAGAAGUAUCAAGGAGGGUGAGGAAGUGAAGACUGGAGUGACUCUUUUCCCCUGGCACUCAAUUAAGGGCUUCGUCUCCGAGGCUGCCAACCUGGUGCUGCUGAGGGUGAUGGCCUGGCGGCGGAUGGUGCCCAGCAAUGCCUGCUUCCUGGCCUUGGACACCGAGGGCAACCUCUGCCAUUCCACCUACCAAGCCCUGGGCUUCCAGACGAUCCAGGUGGGCCGUCAGCAGGCUGAAGUGUUCAUCGUGGAGCAGACCGUACACUCGGAGAAGGGCAUCCCCAUGUCCUGCCAGUACUACCUGCUGCGCGAUGGGCACCUGGCCAAGAGAAUCCAGGUGGGCUCUCCAGGGUGCUGCAUCAUCACCAAGAUGCCCGUAAUGAGGGAGGAAGAUGAGAUUGAGCCUCGCCCAGUGUUUGAGAAGAAGCCCCUGGUGUGGGAGGAGGACAUGGAGCUCUACUCCAAGUUCCUGGACAGGAAGGAGGAGCUCCGACUGGGCCACACCAGCUAUCUGCGGCAGCACCCCGAAGCCCAGGCGCUCAUCUCCGACUUCCUGCUCUUCCUGCUGGUGUACCAGCCCGAAGACGUGGUCACUUUCGCUGCCGAGUACUUCGGCCCCUUCGCAGCGCGCCGCCCGCCGACCCCCGCCUUGCGCUCUUCCCACCGGCCCAGCCCUUUCCGCUCGCUGGACCGGGAGCGCGACGCGGGCCCCUGGGCGGACUAG